UCAAAGCCUGCGCAUUUACCCCUUGCCUUGGUCGGACAGGAACAUCUAUCUCCCGAACCCGUCUUCCUGCUCGGUCUCAUCCACGAUUACCUUUCCGCGACGGUCUCCUCUAACAGACCUGUCUCAUUCGGUUCUGCAUUCCUUCUCCUGUGAGCAUGCCACUGAAUACAUAUUCCCAUGUCAUCUCUGACUCAGGCGCUGCCGGAGGUAUUUGAGUUGAUCUUGCACCACGAUCGGAGCGUUCGGCCAUCUGUAACUUGGGGUGUUUCAGAGUUCAGUCUCUGACAGCUUCGACCCAGAAACAUCCACAGAUUUCUGCGACCAUGCCUGUGUGACGAACUGCGAUGCUCCCCCGAUCAAUCUAGAAUGCAGCGGUCACCGGAUUGAGCCAAUCCUGAGAGUGCCUGGUUGCUCAAUCUGAGGUUUCAACGUCGCGUGAGGCCGAUCAAACACCGCUUGCUCGAAAACAUGCCCGUUGAACCCACAACUGUCACAAAGCAUGAACUUUGAAGCACGUAAUGCUUUGCAGGUCAAUUCCUCUCUGACUGCCGAAACUGGGGAAAAGAAGCAACAAGGCAGAGAGGGAGUUACUGUGCCACAAAAGUUUUAUUUCUUACGCAGGUCGAUAUUAUCACGACGACAGACUUCUUCCGUUCCAGCCCCGGUUCCAUCAACGACGACUGCCGUGAACUUACCACCGGGGUUACCUCAUAAUAUCUUUGGCAAAGAAACAAAACAUCACAAUGACAACAGCAACGGCAAUGGGAAUGGGAAUGGAGACGGCAACGGCAACGGCAAUAACAACGACAGCGACGAUGAUUCAUCCGAUGACGGCAAUAUGGACGACCAUUCCAACAACAACAACAAUCCCUUUGCUCCCAGUACUACACCGCAGGCACACGGAAAUGGACAAAUGUCUUCCAUGAAUAUAAUGGCUGCCAGCACAUCUCUUCCUGAAUCGACCGUAACGUUAACAAUCAGUCCUUCGUCUGCAACCUUACUUUUGACUUCAACUUCAACCUCAACCUCGACAACUAUUCCCUUGGAUUCAGCAACCAUCACUUCGACAAUCUCAUUUCGUCCAACUUCUGUCACGUCUACGGCUUUCGCAGCCAACACGAUGCUAACAUUUUCUUCGACUUCGUCCCAAACGACCACAACAGAUGCACCGAGCGCGGAAUCGACAGUCACGCCCGCUCCAAGUGUCCAGGUCCACAAGGCUUCGAUUUCUGCGCCAACUAUAGCUGCAGCUGUAGUUGCUUCAUUGGUAGGAGCACUGGCAGUGUUUGCGUUCGGGUAUUUGCUUUUCCGCUACUGUACACCCCUGAAGGGCAAAGUUUUUGCAUAUCGUGGACGCAGGGGUCAGAGGCUACCGGGUGAAGAAGAUGGCGGGCCUAUUGGAAGAGAUAAUGCGCCCGACAUGUCCGAGGUCAAUUAUUCUUCAGAGGCAGGAGCGACAGUAGGAGCAACCACGUUGCGCCAGUCUGUGGUACGCCAGUCUGUGGUCCGUCAGUCAACGGCAGCCAGGACGUCAGCUGUCAACAACGCUGCUCCGGACUAUCCCGCGGACCUUGCAAACGUGCCUUUCCAGAGGGAAAAGAAUCAGGAUCCGGAAGACCACCCGUUCAGCAACCAAGUGCCCCUCGCGGCAAGCGAAGUUGGCGGCAACCACAUUCCCAGCCUCCGACAAAGUAUCAUUGUGGGCUUGGUUAUGGGCAGCACGAUAGGCAGCAUUCCCGACUCCAGACCGCCAACCUACAUGACUCACGCGAGCGAGACUGAUCCCGUCAGCACCAUUAUCAACGAGUACGCUGGUCCGUCGCGAUCAGCAAGUACCAGCAUUGCCUCUUUUGGCAUUCAUCCGAUGGGCUUGUCUGCUAAUCCGCCAACGCCGGUGAUCUCGAGGAAUAGUGCUCGCUCUGGCCUGGAGACUGCUUCUCCUAGGCAGCCAAGCGUCACCGCAUCUUCGUUCUUGAUGCCGUCAACGCCCACUCCAGCUUACUUUUCUGCCCCAACACCACCGGCGUCGGUGAUCGGACUCUCGCCUAGCACGAACCAUGUGCGCGCAUCAGUCACACCUUCGGAGAGCGCUUCUAAUGCACCUUCGUCGCCAUUACCGCUUCCUCCGCGGUUGCCGCUCAAUGCCUCCUUGCCGAAUGUGCCAGCUCUGUCGCGGUUCAGCUGGAAUUCCUCAAGUAUUGCCGUCGGUUCUAGAAACCGUAUGUCAAGCGCCCAGCGAUUCGCGACUAGCGGUGCGGGUGCCAGUCCUCAUGCUGUUGGGGUUCCGUCAAUAUCAGCACCCCCACCGUUGCCACCGUUGACACUGCCAUCGCCGUUGGCAGUCAAGAGGUCGAGUGCGGCGUCAUCGAUUAUGUCUGCAGGCAAUGAUCGAAGGGCCUCACUAAGGGAUAUGACUUCGUAGAUGGGCCCUGUACUUACUUGACCUUGUUGGAAGUUCAUCAGCGGCUCGUCAGCAUUUUCUGCAAGACACUUCUAUAUGAGUGCUAUGUGGAGGACUUUGGGUUUUUUGUUUUCAAAAGUUGGUUAGAGAUGAAUUUGGUGUGGACAUGAUGACGAUAGUAUACGCCUUUCUUCUGUGGGAAAGCGAGUGACGGACAGUAAUUCUUCAGGAAACUUGCAACA